CAAUUUUAUUAUUAUUAUUAUGAAAUGAAUAAAAAGUGGGAAACCCAAACCCUUUUCGUCUUUCUCUUCAACACUUUUCCAUAUCUUCUUCUUCUCUCCCUGUUUCUAAUCUUUUCAUGUUCUUUGCCCUAAUCCGCCAUUGUAGGGUGUCAACUCGUUUACGCGAUUCAGAAAGGUUUUUUUUAUUUUUUAUUUUCUUUACGUACCAGAAUCAGGCUUGGGCAUGUAAGCCUCGUUAUAAGUUAGGGAUUUCAUUAUCCAAUUUCUCCGCAAGGUUUCCAUGGCGAAAGGUACAGAUUCAGAGGAGUUCAUGGUUUUAUCUCAAGUUCGAACCGGUUUGAAGCGAGAGUUUGCCUUUGCUUUGAAGGCCCAAGCAGAGCUUUCUGGGUCUAUGGGGCGAACCCGGUCGAGCAAAGCUCACAAUGAGGGUUUGGAUAAUUUAGGUGGGUCUUCGGGUCGAACUCGUUCGAGGAAAGUUUACAAUGAGGGUGUAGAUAAUGCAAGUGAGUAUUCGGGUCGAACUCGGUCGAGGAAAGCUCACAAUGUGGGUUUGGAUGAUGUGAGUGUGAAUAGUUUGAAGGUCUCUACAUCCUUAGAAUCAGAAAGAGUUUCAAAAGCAAGCAACAAAGGAGUUAAAAUGAGGAUUUCAGAACCAUUGAGUGAAGAGGAGGCUAAGAGUGAUGUGGUUGAUAAUGUGAGUGAUGAGGAGCUUAAGAUUGAUGAAUCUGAGUUAGUGGCAGGGGAGCAAAAGGCUAAACGUUGUCGUUUGGUUGAAACAAAGAUGGGUGAUGAAAUGGAAGAUGGAGUGGUCUUACUUAUGAAGGAUGAGGAGCCCAUGGAUGAGGACACAGAGAAAACUACUUUAAAAAAGUCUUUAGAAGUUGUAAUAUGUAAAGAUACAUCCACUGAGGAAUUUGUGCAUGAAGUCAAGCCGUUAAAGGAUCAAAUAGAAGGAUUUGAUCACCCAAAAUUACUAGUACAUGAAGCAGCAAAGGAAGUGGUGGUUGAGAAGGCAAAGGCAAAGGCAAAGGCAAAGGCAAAAGGAAAGCCAACACCACCAAGACGGUUUACUCGAUCUGCGUUAAAGCUAAAGCAGGAAAUUGUUCAGGAAGUAGCAGCUGAGGCUGAAUCAUUGCACAAUGAUAAUUCCACUGAGGAACAAAUGGAAAAACCUAAGCCCAGAAAGUCUUUAGGUGCUGAACCUAUGUGCGUGGAUGAGUUCACAAAUGAGCAAGGAGAUAAAUUUGAUCCUCGAAAAUCUGCAGGAGACGAACAUAUGUGUGAAGAUAAAGCCUUGUGUAGUGAUAACUCUACACAAGAGCAGAUUGAUACUCAAAAGAUUGCAGUGGAAGGAAUCUUACAUGAAAAUAUGCCCCUGGAAAAGCAAGUAGAGAAUAUUGAUCUCCCAAAGUCUUUAGGUGAUACAUCCAUUGAGGAGCAUGGGGAGAAAACUGAUUUACAGUUGCUUUCAUUGGAUCAAAUCUCAUGUGAAGACAAUUCCGUGAAAGAAGAAGCAAAGCAAGUUGAUACCACAAAAAAGUUGGUUGAUGAUCAUCCGUCAGUUUCAAUUAGUAGAAAACAUAAGGCAAACAAGGCUGUGCUUGAGACAACACCAAGGCGGUUUACUCGGUCAGCCUUGAAGCCAAAGUCGGAUAUGGAAGGUGCAGUAGAAAAAGAAGAUGCAAGUGAGAAGGAUGUUAAUAUGACUAGCUUGGUUGUAACAUCCACAGCAAAGCGGGAUACAUACAAUACAACGAAGAAGUUUCCUUCCAAAUUAAAAGACCUUCUUGAUACAGGAAUUCUCGAGGGACAAUCUGUGAGGUACAUGAGAGGCCAAAAGGUAAAAGGACCUCAAGAUUCUGGACUUCUUGGAGUGAUCAGAGGGUCUGGAAUAGCAUGUCAUUGUGAUAUUUGCAAAGGAAAGGAAGUUGUUACACCUUCUGUUUUUGAGCUGCAUGCAGCUAGCUCAAAUAAACGCCCACCAGAGUAUAUAUAUUUGGACAAUGGAAACACCCUUAGAGAUGUCAUGAGAGCAUGCCAAAAUUCUUCAUUGGUUGAUUUGGAAGAAACAGUCAAAAGAACCAUUGGUUGCACUUCUAUUGUAAAGUGUAACAUCUGUAUGAAUUGCAAAGGGUCAAUUCCCAAUGACACCGAUAAAAGAACAACGCUACUUUGCAAUUCAUGUAUCACCCUGAAAGAAUCUCAGCCUAACGUGGUUGAAAGCACUGACAACAAUGAAGAUGCUGACAAAAAUGAAGAGUCACCAAAACCAGCCUUUUCGCCUAUGAGUACUAAUAGUUUGUCAAAGAACAAUAACUCAUCACAAAGUAAGAGUCAAGGAAGAAUAACACGAAAGGAUCUUCGGCUGCAUAGAUUGGUUUUUGAGGAUGAUAUUCUGCCAGAUGGAACUGAAGUAGCAUAUUAUGCCCGUGGAGAGAAAUUAUUGGUGGGUUAUAAAAAGGGCUAUGGAAUCAUGUGUAGUUGUUGCAAUUCUGAGGUCAGUCCUUCCCAGUUUGAAGCCCAUGCUGGAUGGGCAUCACGACGAAAGCCCUACUUACACAUAUACACAUCCAAUGGGGUGUCUCUUCAUGAAUUGUCAUUGUCACUAUCAAAGAAUCGAAAAUUCUCUAACUAUGAUAAUGAUGAUCUCUGCUAUGUCUGUCAUGAUGGAGGAGACCUUUUGUGCUGUGAUGGUUGUCCAAGGUCUUUUCAUGGACAGUGUAUUAAUCAACAAAUUGUUCCUAGUGGCACUUGGUAUUGUAAAAUAUGCCAAAAUCAACAUGUAAGCGAGAAAUGUUUGGAGCGUAAUCCCAAUGCCGUUGCAGCUGGAAGGGUCCCGGGUGUUGAUCCUAUACAGCAAAUUGCCAACCGCUGCAUCCGCAUAUUCAAUACUGAAGAAAUGGGUUUCGGUGGAUGCGCAUUAUGCAGAGAUCAUGAUUUUAGCAAAUCAGAAUUCGGUCCUCGCACCGUCCUAUUUUGUGACCAGUGUGAAAGAGAAUUUCAUGUUGGCUGUUUGAAAGAGCAUGAAAUGCAAGAUCUUAAGGAAUUGCCGGUCGGAGCAUGGUUCUGUUGCAGAGAUUGUCAGAGGAUUCAUUCGGCUUUGCAAAAAUUGCUAGCUAAUGGAGAAGAGAAGCUCCCAGAAUCUCUUAUCAAUGUCAUUAACAAGAAGCAGAAGAAGGAAGGUUCAGAGAGCGGGACUGAACUUGAUAUUAAAUGGAGAAUACUUAAUGGGAAAAAAAUGGCUUCCGAUGAUGAAGCUGCAUCAUUGCUUUCCAAGGCCGUUUCUAUUUUCCACGAUUGUUUUGCUCCGAUAACUGAUUCUUCAAAUAAUGAUCUAAUCCCAGCAAUGCUCUACGGAAAGAGCAGUAUGGGGCAAGAUUUUAGUCGCAUGUAUUGUGCGAUUUUGACGGUCAAUCAAUGUGUUGUCUCUGCUGGAAUAUUCCGAAUCUAUGGAUCAGAUGUGGCUGAGCUGCCUUUGGUGGCUACCAGCGCGGAAUGCCAAGGACAGGGUUACUUCCAAACCCUGUUUUCAUGUUUCGAGCGAUUUCUCGCUUUCUUGAACGUGAAAGAUCUCGUGCUACCAGCUGCAGACGAAGCAGUAUCGAUUUGGACUAAAAAGUUCGGUUUUGGUAAAUUAGCACAAGACGAGCUAAACAAGAUCAAGAGACAAUACCAGAUGAUGAUCUUUCAAGGGACGUCGGUGCUUAGAAAGGCGGUUCCCAAAUGCCGAAUUGUUGGGAGAGAUAAUAAUAAGAUGGUAGAAGGGUAGCUGGAGAUGCUUUCUUUCGGCAAAAUUUUGGGACGGAAAAGGCAAGUAUUUUGCGGUGCCUUUUCCUUGGAAUGAAUGUACAGGGUUGUGUUUUUUCUUUUUUUUCUAACUAUUUUCGGUGUACAUGAAAGCAAUCACAUCAACAAAGCAGAAGUAUUAUACUGGAAAUUUCUUUAUGAUCUCAAAUUAUCAAAUAUGUGAUAGGACUAGGAAUUGGAAUUGGGAUUAGGAAUGGAGGGAAUGACCUUUUUCUAAUUUUUUGUUAUUUUUUGUAACAUAUAGUUGAUCCAAGCCUAAAAUGGGAAAUUCAUUCUUGUUUA